AGUGAUAUGUGUCCAAUACAAUCACGUGAGGUUAUCGCUUUGUUGAGCCUCGGAGGCCAGUGUUAAAUAAUCCGGGAUAUAUCGAGGUGUUUAUGCAGUUUGUGGUAUGGAAUCGUCGCUGACAGACGUGUGGCGAGAUGCAAGUCCUAGCUGGGUUUACGACGAGACCUUCGAAGCUUCUUUAAGAGAAAACUGUGAUCGAGAAGAUAUAGCUCGUCAAGGCGCUCUCAGAAAACCAUGUGAGAUAGGCUCUAUUGAGAGUUUAAAUGAGCAAAUCGGUGCUGCUGAUAAGGUCUUACGAAGCAACUGCAAACCACUGGUGUUUGAAAAAUCGUUAAAUAAGAAUAAUGAGAGACUCGUGCAGUGUGAUCAGAUGGCUGGAAGAGCAGCUACUAAGAAAAAACUGAGUGUUUCCGAAUCAGGAAAAACAUGUUCGGAGACAGUUUGUGAUACAAAACAUCAACAGUCACUGCAUCUACAAGACAAAGUUCCAUCUGUAGAACCUGCUCUUGUGGAGCUUGCAGAAUUUCCAGGCUACAACGAACAUUGCCCUACUCCACUUCCCGAAUCACUAGAUAGCACAAAUAUAUUACAGACUGUGAUCAGGGCUCAAGCAGAUCUACAAAGGAAGCCUACUUUUAAACAAGAGUGGAUGAGGCUUUUUCUCUCUGACCAAUCAGAGUCCAUAUUUUUAGAUUGUUUUUGGGUCUACUUUCUUCAGAAAUUUCAACCUGAUCAGUAUGUACAUGACAAGCUGUUCCAUCGCACAGCCUUUAACUAUAUUGAGUUGUUGCAGCUGAACAUUGAUCCACAAUACAGAGAGCCAUUCUUUAAGCGUUAUCCAGAUUGUAUAUCGCAAGCUGUGUAUCACUCAUUUUUUAUUGCCUAUCCAACUUCUUACCAGCAGUUUGGAGAAGACUUCAAAACAGGCGUAUGCAAUUUUGUACAUCUCUGGCUGACAGGUAUUCAGCCUGUUCCUCGUUUUUGGCUUACGUGGAAUUUCGGAGUCUUGGAACCAGUAAAUAUGUACAAGAUUGUGGCGGAUCAGGAAAAAAGCAAAGAGAACGAGCUUGUGAAAGCAAGAAAUAUUGACGUCCACCAGAUGCUGGGAUUGCCACACGAUAUCUCAUCACAAACAAACCUGGCCGUCAACCAAUCAGGUUCUGCUGUUCAAUAUCAACCGAGUGACUCUAAAUCAAUCUCAUCAUCCAAAGACUCAACAGCAGUAACAACAAAGGGUGAACCAGCAACUCAGAGACUGAAAGAAAAUGCACCCGGAACUACUCAACCAAUUUCAUGGACAGGCAGCGGUCACAAGAAACAACUGGGACAGAGACAUUCUUGCCCUAUAGGUCAAGGACCAGAGUUUGACCGAUCGUUGUUCAACGUUAAUGGACACAGUCCCCUGGUUGCAUAUUAUUUGAGUGUUAUGAGAGCUUCUCGCGACACAGAAGUGUUACAGCUCAUGCAGAGAACGGAGAUUACAAAAUUACCACCGCUUGAUUCAAAAACAUACUCCAGCCUUGUAAGAGAAUCAAUGAAAUUUACGAGGGAAACUGGCAGUAAAUGCCAAAGUCUUUGGGAAGAUAAAAGACAAGAAACUGGCCGCCUUCAUUUUCUCAGGGCAGCAGACCGGAGGGCUGAUAUCAAAAAAGCAGAGAAACUUCUUGCACAAACUAAAGAAGUUAAAUGGCUCAGCAAUCUUUUGUCCACUGAGUUGUUGCAACAGAAUGUAUCAGAAGAAAAUCGAAAAAUGGAGACUGCAGCAGCAGAGAUAGCAAAGGGUCUGCUCUUGUGUGAUGGUAAGGUUGAAUUGAUGAAAUGCAUGUGUACUACAAGGAUGCAAACAUCCUGUUAUUCUCUCCGUGUAGCUGGACCUGUUUAUGCUAGUGAAAUGAAAUUUUGCAACAAUGUCUAUAGAUAACCUGUUUAUAGUAUGUCUACUGUACCUUAAUUACAAACUAUU